AUGCCGGUCUUUGGUAGUAGAAAGAAAAAAUCGGAUGAAUACUAUUGUAAAAUCUUCACAUUGGAUGCUGAACUGCAGUUUACCAUCGAAGCCACAGCCAAAGGUAAUACAAUCUUUUCACUGGUUUGCCAAACACUUGGCCUUCGUGAACAUUGGUAUUUCGGUUUGAAAUAUAUUGACAAAGUCUCGAAUGAAUGGAACUGGCUUCAUCUAAAUCGCACUGUUCUUUCUCAACCAAUUCAAAUCUCACCGAAUUCAAUCUUAUUGAAAACACCUGAUACACCGAAUUCAACAGAUCUCUAUAAGCCUCAUCUUCUUCGUUCACCUCCCAUAUCGCCUUCGACAUCAACAUUGAGUCUUCCAUCAUCGAUAUCAAGUGCUGCUCUACAAUCGAUCAAAGGCACUAUAGAAUUGUAUCUUGUCGUGAAAUUUUAUCCCGAGGAUAUUACACAUGAGCUUAUUCAAGAUGUGACUCGACGUCUUUUCUAUCUUCAAGUUAAACAAGAUAUUCUUAACAUGGAUAUUUAUUGUCCACCAGAAACUGCAGCUCACCUUGCUUCACUAUCACUUCAAGCGAAAUUUGGUGAUUACGAUCAAGCAAUAUUGUCUUCCGACUCGAGAAGUUUUGAAAAUGAGGCACUUCUACCAUUGUCAUGUUUCCAGAAAGUCGAACUAUCUCGUUCUGAUUGGUUCGAACGGAUCAUUGCUCUAUGGCGUACACAUGCUUCGUUAACGCGAGAAGAAGCCGAGACGUCCUAUUUAAAAUAUGCACAAGAUCUCGAUAUGUUCGGUUUAGUAUUUUUUGAAAUAUCAAAGAUCCAAGGUGGACAUAAAACCAUUUCCCAUCAACAACAACAACAUACGAUGUCAGAUCAACCGUUACUCGCAGCAGAACUUUGGCUCGGUAUUGACUCGUUGGGAAUUCGUUUUUAUAAGAAAAACAAAUUAAGGCCAGAAGUGUUCUUCUCAUGGAGCGAUAUUCGAUCUGUAACGGCUCAUGAUAAAAAAGUUAUUUUAAAUCUCACUACUGAUAAAAAUGCAACAUUUGCAUUUUAUACAGCCAAGUCGUCAAUUAGUAAAGAAAUACUUGAUUUAUCCAUGGGGAACCAUGAAUUGUACAUGAGACGUCGUCAGGAACAAUCGAUCGAAAUCCAGCAGAUGCGAUACUUCGAAGAACAACAACAUAAAAAUGUGGACUGCGACGACCUAGACUAA